UACGUUUAAGAGUGAGGGCGCUGCUGAUUUUUUGGUGUUGUUUUGAUCUCCCGGAAAAAGGAAAAAUCAGCUUGAAAAGGGUUCUCUGUCCUGCUAAAAAUAUUCCCAAUCUAUCCCUGAGUCAUGGCUCUUGUGUGUGCUAUAACAAAUGAAGUUCCGGAUCAACCGGUCAUUUCGCCCCAUUCAGGGGCAAUUUUUGAGCGAAGAAUCAUUGAGAAGUACAUCGUGGAGAAUGGAUGUGACCCCAUUAAUGGGAAGGAGCUCAAAGUGGAGGAGUUAAUCGAGAUCAAGACACCGCCCAUUGUACGACCCAAGCCGCCGAGUGCAACCAGCAUUCCGGCUACAUUGAAAACAAUGCAGGAUGAAUGGGAUUCCCUGAUGCUGCAUACAUUCACGCAGCGGCAGCAACUUCAGACAGCACGGCAGGAGUUGAGUCAUGCUCUUUAUCAGCACGACGCCGCUUGUCGUGUCAUUGCGCGUCUCAAUAAGGAAGUGACGGCGGCUCGAGAGGCUCUGGCAACACUUAAGCCCCAGGCAGGAAUCAACAUUACAGCUGGAGUGCCACAGCCAUCAAUUGGUGCCGAAGCUGCGGGGAUUGCCACGCAGCCGGUGGAGCAAGUGGGCAUGAGUGCAGAGACAAUUCAGAAGCUACAGGAGAAGGCAACUGUGCUCACACAGGAGCGUAAGAAACGUGGACGAUCCGUUCCGGAGGAACUCAUUGGCCAAGAUACCAUUCGCAGCUUCCACACAUUGGCCUCGCAUCCGGGUUUGCAUUCAGCCAGUGUGCCAGGCAUCCUCUCGCUGGAUAUUAGUGUGUCUGACCACAAUAAAAUCAUCACGGGUGGAAAUGACAAGAAUGCCGCUGUAUUCAAUAAGGACACCGAGCAGGUGAUUGCUAUCCUCAAGGGGCACACGAAGAAGGUAUCACGCGUGAUUUAUCACCCAGAGGAGGACUUUGUAAUCACUGCAUCUCCGGACACGACAAUUCGCAUCUGGAAUGUUCCCACAUCCCAGACAACUCUACUCCUUCGUUGUCACGAUCAACCCGUAACUGGACUCUCACUUCAUCCCACAAGCGACUACGUCCUGUCCACAUCAUCUGACAAGCAUUGGGCAUUUUCGGACAUUCGCACCGGGAGACUCCUCACGAAGGUCAUGGAUACAUCCGAAGUGGGUCUCACUACGGCUCAAUUCCAUCCUGAUGGGCUCAUCUUCGGCACAGGCACGGAGGAUUCACAAGUGAAGAUUUGGGAUUUGAAGGAGCAGAGCAAUGUUGCCAAUUUCCCCGGACACACAGGUCCCAUCUCUGCCAUCUCUUUCUCCGAGAAUGGCUACUAUCUGGCCACAUCAGCUGAUGAUUCGUGCGUUAAAUUAUGGGAUUUGCGCAAGUUGAAGAACUUCAAGACUAUUCAGCUCGAGGAUGGGCAGGAGGUGAAGGAUCUCUGCUUCGACCAAAGUGGUACCUAUUUGGCCGUGGCGGGUACAGACAUCAGAAUUUAUCUCUGCAAGCAAUGGCAAGAGUUGAAGGUGUUCCAGGAUCACACUGCAAUGGCAACUGGUGUAAGAUUUGGCAAGCACGCUCAGUACUUGGCAUCCACCAGCAUGGAUCGUACCCUAAAGCUCUACGGAUUUGAAUAGAGUGUCCCCCUUCACCACCAACACACGAUGAUUAUAAAAAAAAAAAUUUAAAAGAAAAAACGAAUUCAAAAAUUAAAGGUAACGUAUUUUACAUUUUUAAAUUAUCUUCUUUUUACCUUUUAGAAUUUUCAAUGUAGAAUCUUCAAUGCGAAAAAUUCCUGAAUAAAUAUUUGGGAUUGUCAA